UACAACCAGGAAUCAGUGGGCGAGAGACAGCUCAGAGGCAAGCCGCAGGAUGAAGCACUUAUUACUUUUUGCCAUUAUCUUUGCUGCAUUUCACUUCAGCUAUUCUAAUGUCCCAGAUUUUUGCCACUUAGCCGAUGAUGAAGGUUUCGGCAAUAAGUUCAUCAUUGCUUUGUACUACGACGGCGCCAACGACCAGUGCAGUCCGUUCGUAUACAGAGGCGAAGGAGGCAACGGCAAUCGCUUCCUAAAUGAACGGGAAUGUAUGAAGAACUGCUCGGCCCACAUCGAGCGCAGCUACCCAUCAGAUGCAAGGGAAGCCUGCCUGUUGAAGAAGCUCGGUGGUGGAUGUAACGGCAACUUUCUGAGAUUUUACUACGAUGCAGUGCAUGGGAGGUGCAAAAAAUUCUUUUGGACAGGCUGCCAUGGAAACGGAAACCGAUUUUUUGACGCAGACAGCUGCAACGCUACCUGUGCCGGUGUCCACGAAGAAGGAGAGGAAGAGGAGGAGGAUGAGCUGGACACGCCAAUCGCAAUCAUCUGUGGAGUCUUGAUAGGACUCAUCGUCACAUCGAUCAUCAUAACGAUCAUCGUCUUGACUGUUCAGUCUCAGACAAAGCAGAAGAACGCCCCGGCAAAAAGGAGAGAUGAACAGCCUGAGGUUCCUCUCAGGGAGCAGAGUCUUGAAAUGGCAUAACCCAAUCAACA